AUGGCACGAAAUGACCCCGUCGGUGCUUUCAUCUCACCAAACCCCACCAACCAGGCCAUGAGCGACCAGUUGGAAGCCAAGAUGGCUCAGUUGGGCAUUAAGUCGCCUUCAGCCAUGAAGACUGCCUCUCCCAACUCGCGUGCAUUCCAGCGUCAGAGCACUGGCUUCCUCUCACCGAAUUCGGCGUCCUUGUAUGGCUCUGGCAGCCCGGAUGUGUCUGCCGCGCUGGCCGCGCAGCGAAGCAAACUCAAGGCCAACCGGACUUCAGCUCCAGGCGUAUUACCCAUGGAUUCGAUGCCAUCGUACACAGGCAAUUCAACCCUCGAGAAUGUCCAAGAAAAGCCCAGGAGCACAGGCAGUAGCAAUGGCACACCGCGCGAGCGUCCACGUUCUACCGAGGUGUUCCGUUCGCCACGUGCGAGUGGCCCGCUCGACGACACACUCUCCCCCAUGAGCAUGGGCGGCAGUUGGGCUAGUAUGGUAAACACUCCGAUCAUGUCUAUGCUCGACAACACUAACAACAGCAACCACGGCAGCAACAGCAACCGCUCCUCUGAAGAUACCAAUGCCAAGCUCGAAGCAACAGCGGCUCAGCUUGCUCAACUUAGCCAGCAUGUCUCGGCAGCCCAAGCUGAAAACCAAGAAGCCUCGCGAAUAAUGCGUGGUAACCAGAGUGCUUCAUCGAACAGUGCCCAGGGAGGCAUGACCAGUGGUCCCAUGUAUGAACAGGCUGGUGGUGCAAGCUGGAGUGGGAAUGGGGCUGGCAAUGUUGCUACUGGUGCCUCUGGUGGGAUUCCGAACACACCCGCUAACAUGAUGAACAGCCCACAUUUCGGUAACUUUAGCAUUCCAACGAUGAGUCCCAAUGCACUCGCUGGUUUGCAAAGCCCAUCCGGUGGUAUCUCGAAUCCCGCAAAUCUGCAAAUGAUGAACACAAUGGCCGGCAUGGGAGGCUUGAACAACAUGAACUCUACGCAGUUGCUCGCAUUGCAACAGCAAAUUUUGCAACAGCAGCAGCAACUUAGCAUGGCUGGCUUUGGCACUCAAGGCUCUCGCGCAUCCAACCGGUCGAAUAACCACCGUUACGCUCAUGCUGGUGGUGCCACAGGCUCGAUGAACAGCCCACCACAGACAUCUCGGACUAUGGCGGGAUCACCUGCAUCGUCAUCCACUCAUGCGCCUCCGGCACAGGGCGAAGAGGAAGUGGCAGAUAUCUCUGUUCUGAAUGACGUUCCGUCGUGGCUCAGGCACUUACGUCUGCACAAAUAUACACCGAACUUUGAAGGCUCCAAUUGGCGUGAAAUGGUCAUGAUGGAUGACCGUGCUCUUGAAGAGAAGGGCGUAGCUGCUCUUGGUGCUCGUCGAAAAAUGCUCAAAACCUUCGAAGCUGUUCGUCUCAAAUAUGGUAUGGAAGCUCCACCAAACGCACAGCAGUCUUCUGGUUCAACCAAUGAAGCGCACACACCAUCAGAGGCAUCCGCUACGGACACACAUGCUUGA